GUGAUCCUGAAACGCGUGUUAAAUAUGCAAUUAAAAGUACAGAUUGGGGAAUACGGAUACGAUACCGAAGACCUCGACGCGGCACGCAGUUUAUCUAGCUUGUAACUUUACCAUCUCCUCAUCAAUCAGCCCGAUCAUAUGUUGCUCUUAUUGUGAUGAGUGGCUUGCUUGAUGUUCCCAUCGUUCGUUCGACGGCGACCAAAGCACAGCCCCUAGCGAACUGGCUGAGGUAGAUCUGCUUUGCGGGACGUAUUUACCGCGCCCUCCAAUGAGGGCGGCCGCCUAUUUAUCUAAAUAUUUAUCUCGACUUUUUUUCAUCCGACCAACCUCCCUCAACGGCCAUAGAGGGAAGAAGAGUGCACGCGAGGAUGCCCUCUGUCUGUCAGUCUGUUUACCGCUCCUUGAAAUUAAUUACUUGCCCUCACUUUCGUUUGGUUGACCAGUAUUCUUCCUGUCGCUCUCUCUCUCUCUCUCUCUCUCUCGCACUCUCUUUUCCGUUUUCUUUUCUCGUUUCCUGCAGCUUCCAACCCAUUAAAACCUCCCCUAUACUCAUUCCAACCCAAAAACAGAGAAUCAAGUAAUUGGACCCUAGUGGUACAUAACAGUGCGGAAACAUCGCGCCGCCAGCUAUGAACGAAUCCGUCUCCGCUCCGACAGGUACCCCCGAAGGGUCCACCGUCGGUGAAGAAGGCCACAGCCAAGCUGGCUCAAAACCCCCCGCCCUCAAGGACAAGCAGUGCCAGUACUGCCAUCAACCCUUCACCUCCUCCUCUCUCGGCCGCCAUCUUGACCAGUACCUGUUCAAAAAGAAGCCAGAUGGUGUACAUGAUGUGGAGGAGAUACGACGUCUGCGCAGCAGCAUCACGCGGCGAACGGCGCGUAACUCGAGCGCGAAACGGGAGAGUCCCGAUGUCGCUUCCCCAUCAACGACGCCCAAAGCUUCUGGCACUGAAUCCAAGAGCGAGAGUGGCCCGCGACUGAAUGGCAAACCAGGUAGGACUGGGUUCCAGGUGCUACUUAAUCAACCCACGUGGCACUCUACGGGUGUAAUCAAUGAUAUCCCGAAUACCUCGCAGGCCUCGCAGCUGCGAGUGCCCGCCACGGGUAUUGACUAUUCGGCACGACCGUCAGAUAAGAAUGGCCCUGAGACGACGAGAGCUUUGGAGCUGGCGCUGAGGGAAGUAUUGGACAAUGUGAAAGCGGCAGUUUCAAGGACCGAAUCACGGAUGAAUCCCUUUGACUUCGAUCUUCAACGUCAAACGUUUCCGGCCCUUUGUCUCCAUAUACUCUCCCCUCCUCCCAGCCUAUUUUCGACCCAUCCAUUUCCAACCCCGACCUCCUUCCCCCUAGAACCUCCAGGCAUCGACAAACGCGACAUCAUAAAACAGGCGAUGCUGGUGCAGAUACAGCAGUGGAAGUCUAAUCAGUUGGCAGCUGUAGCUUCAUCUGCUUACCAAGGAACCGGAGGCUCGAAUGCGGGUAGCCCACGAGCAUGGGACCAAGGAAUGAUUGAAAGGUCCGCACAGCAGCAUGAAGAAAUGGCCAUCAGACACCUUGAACUCUCGUUCAACCAUUGGAUAUCUUUGCCACAAGAUGCUCGAACUGAUAUCUGGCGAAUGGAGAUUACCCGUGCGUUUGCACGAGAAAAGGAGAGGCGUGAGGAAGUCGAAAACCAGCUAGCGCGGACGCAGCAAGAGGUGAAUCAGCUACAAGCACAGAUUGAGAGGCUAGAGAAUUGCCAGUGGCCUCGGGAAUUCGCCAUAUUUCCCCCAGAGAUGCUACCCAUCCCACGGAUGGUGUCCAGAGCGCUAGCUGAAGACAGCAAAUUGAACAGGAUAGAUUCUUCGCGGUGGGACUACGACAAUUUAGUCGCGAAGUGGAAACGGGUGGUUAUGCAUGAUAAGAGCAUGGGCAGGGCUGGUUCAGGGGCGGUCCCAAGCAUAUUCCCGGACUCUAAUAACUCCCCUCGCAACAAUAGCUCCAACACCAAUAGUGAUUACCAUAGGAGCGGGUCCAACAGCGCAACUGUCCACUACUCCCAACACCACUAUAACGCGAAACCCUCCUCCCCUCGGCGAAAUUUGCCAGUCACUCCCGACCCUUCCUCCAACCAAAGCUUCGCCGCAACCAAUACGCACCCAACUCCCUACCAAACGCGCGAUCCAAACAGGACUGACGAGCCCUUCCGGCCUCCCAAACGACAACGUACAAGUCACAGCAGUCGCCCCCAACACCCCACUCAACAAGUUGAUGAAAAGGCAGACACUACCUACCGUAACUUGAACCCACCAUUACCACCACCAUCCUCAACGGAAUAUAACUCACAACAGACCCACCUAUCCCGCUCCACAUACCCAUCAACCCCUUCAACAGUAGCAGACACAUCUCCAGCGCUGAAAUCCAAAUCCAGCCCCCUUGGACUGAACAAUGACAAACCCUAUCUUCCUCCCUAUCGUGCUUAUCAUAAUAACAAACAUGAGCCCGCCCACAGCACAGCUACGAUGGCCCCGAUAUCCCGAAUAGGUGCUGGCCUAGAGGAACAGAAAUACUCAUAUAUCAAUCAUAACAAUAACACUAACAGCACACACGUUGCGGCGAGCAACAACAAUGUUAACAAUAAUAUUACCGCGACUACUCGCAACGGCCAUACUAAUGGGCUGGAGAUGUUGAUGGGGGCUUGUUCGCAGCAACAACGGCAGCCGCAGGCAAAUAAGUCAACCUAAGCGAAAGAGCCCUUGUUUCAAUUGUAGUAUUUAAUAGAUUUUCUCCUUCCAUAUUUCCCGAAUCUACCCUUCCCUCUUAAAUGACUCUAACAUGAUGGUGUCCCAGAUAUUGCUUCAUGAUCUUUGGCUAGUGAUGCAUUUUUAACUUUUCUAUAUGUCUUUUUCUCUUUUCUUUUUGAUUAUCUGCAUCGUUUACGCAUGGAAAAGGGGGGAAGUGAAUCUAACAAAGAAGGAAAGCAAGCGAGCAUUUAUUGUCAUUAUUACCUAGUCAUUUGCUAUUUUGUCAUAUAUUUCUUUCUCUACCAGUCUAACAUUAUAUAUAAACACUGGGGACAUACGGUUGGAUUCAUGUAGGCCUUUUCUUUCCCAUUUUUUAUAUAUAUUUGUAUGUCUUUUUUAUUCCGGGCCUCUUAACUUCAUGUUUUACACCAACCUCGGUGCACAUAUUCCCUCUCCUACCUUUCUUUAAGUUAAACCCUUCACUUUUUAAAUGGACUCUGGGAGUGAGAUGUUUACGGCCCCCCUCCACCCCCCCCCCCCCCCCGGGCCCUAAACUAACCUGCUAGGGGGUGUUAUAAGCUGAACACCGUGGCAGUGCAAAGAGAAGUACAUGAAGGGCUGAGCUUCUCCAGCAGCAGACAUCUACGAUGUAUAUUUCAUUUUCCUCACAUCUUGACAGUCCGACAGCGAUCCCUUCCAGCUGUGUCCAGUAUUUUUUGUAUUUUACUCCUGUUGAUAUUUGUGUACUCACUAUUUCGUUCAUUUUUCUCACACUACUACAUACGCAUAUACUGUACGGAGUACAAAAGAGAGAGAUAUAACUUUAUGUGCAGAGACCAAAACUGUUUAUAUCCCUGAUCGGGGUGGUGAGAAGCGAAGCUCCGCUGUUUGUUCUGCGAGGAGAUGCAAAUCCCUUACGCGUUCAAUCCCACGCAGCAUUGCUUCUGCUCUGAUACCCACACUUCAUCCCUGAAUCUGCACUCUUUCUGCGGACUCCAUAUAUUUUGAAUGAGCGCCCUUUCACUCAGGUUCGUGCAGAAAUGAACGUAAAC